CUAAAGAUAACACCUUUUUGAACAUAUAGUUCUUGAACAAGAUUAUAUUGUUUGACAUUAUGAUAUUUAAGAAAAUUUUCUUUUUUCUAAUAAUUUUAUUAGAUUAUUCAAGUGGGUCAAAAAUUUUGGGCAUUUUUCCCACUUUCGUCCGAAGCCACUAUUACCUGGCAAAUACCCUGAUGAAUCAUUUAGCUGAAAAAGGGCACAGAGUAACUGUUAUUAGUCCUUUUCUGGAUGAAAAUCCAGCAAAGAAUAACUCCUAUCAAAAUGUCGUGUUGACAGGAUUGGACGAUUUAAAAGACACUGUAAAUAUGUUUGAUUAUGUGAACACGAAUGAGCUUCUUUUCAUAGUUUUGAGUAUAAAAAAAUCGCUAGAAAUGACUGAACUAGUUUUAAAUCACACCAACGUCCAAUAUCUUCUGCAGUCAAAUGAGAAAUUUGAUUUGGUGAUAAUGGAGCGAUUCGUGAAUGAGGCCUAUGUCGGAUUUGCAGAACAUUUCAACUGUCCUUACAUCGUGUUAAGCACUUUUGGAACAAACCCUUGGAUUAACGUUCUAACCGGAAAUCCGGCACCGCCGUCUUAUAUUCCCAACCCCUCCAUGCCACUUUCAAGUAAAAUGAAUUUUUGGGAGAGACAAUUAAAUACGUUAAUGUACAUUUAUGUGCAUUUUCUCCACAACUUUUAUGCAUUUCCGGGACAAAAACUCCUCUACGAGAAAUAUUUCAACGCUUCAACAAAUUUUUACGAUGUCCUUUAUAGACCGUCGCUCGUUUUGCUCAAUUCUCAUCCAGUCACCAACCAACCGGUGCCCUAUGUCCCAAACAUGAUCGACAUAGGAGGAUUUCACAUCAAACCCCGUAGAAAAAUUUCAAAAGAUUUGCAAAUUUUUUUAGAUGAAGCUAAAGAAGGAGUCAUAUAUUUUAGUAUGGGUUCAUUUCUCAAAAGCACGCAACAAUCGCCCGAAAAACACGAAAUUUUCCUUAAAACAUUUUCAAAAUUGAAACUUAAAGUUCUAUGGAAAUGGGAAUCAGACAGGCUUGCGAAUCAAUCUCGAAAUAUCAGAAUUGAAAAAUGGGUACUCCAGCAAAGUGUUUUAGAACACCCUAACGUUAGACUUUUUAUAACACAUGGUGGUCUCUUGAGUAUAAGUGAGGCCGUUCACAGUGGAAUUCCCAUGUUGGUUGUUCCUGUUUUCGGCGAUCAAAAAAUAAAUUCAAGACACGUCGCGGAUCAAGGCAUGGGCCUGUGGUUAGAAUACCACGAUGUUACAGAAUCGACACUGACUAAAAAAAUUAAUGAAAUUUUAUAUAAUCCAAUAUACUUGGAAAACGUGAAACUUAAAUCAAAAAUAUAUAAUGAUCGUCUUGUUGACCCACUGGACGUCGCAACUUAUUGGGUUGAAUACGUCAUUCGUCAUAAAGGAGCUCCACAUCUGCGAAUAGAAGGUGUAAACCUUUCUUGGUAUAAAUAUUUCUUAAUUGACGUUAUUAUCACAAUUUUGAUGUGUGUAUUUAUUGCGUUUUAUUUAAUUUGCAUUGUUCUUAGAACGAUAAGUUCCUUUUAUUUUAAAUGCAAGUGUGAAAAAGUUAAACUGAAUUAAUUGUUGCCUUAUUUUAUUGUCACUUACUCAAAGUAUUGUUUUUGUAUGUUAAUUAUUUACUUGGCCUACAUAAGCUGUUAAUUGUAUUGCCAAUUUAAAAAAAUAAAUUGAAUAAUAAAAUUUA